AUGUCUUUGGCUGCUGCUCCCUCCAAGUGCUGCACUGUCGGAUCCCUGCACGAGGGUACUCCCACCGGCACUGAGUUCAAGGUCGGCAAGUACGAUGCCUACCUGGCCACGCCGGCGCCCGAGAAGGCCCACAAGGAUGCCGCCAUCCUGUACCUUCCCGACGUCAUCAGCAUCUGGCAGAACAGCAAGCUGAUGGCCGACCAAUUCGCCGCCAGCGGCUACCUCUGCCUCAUCAUCGACCUGUUCAAUGGCGACCCUCUCGCCCUGAACCGCCCCGACGACUUUGACUUCAUGGGCUGGCUCACCAAGGGCAGCACCGGCAACAACCCCCACACCAAGGAGGCCGUCGACCCCAUUGUCGAGGUCGCCAUCAAGUACCUCAAGGAGGAGAAGGGUAUCAAGAAGCUGGGUGCCGCCGGUUACUGCUUUGGUGCCAAGUACGUCGCCCGCCACUUCCCCGAGAUCUCGGUCGGCUACUUUGCCCACCCGUCCUUUGUCGACGAGGACGAGCUCGCCGGCUUCAAGGGCCCCAUCUCCAUCGCCGCCGCCGAGACGGACGAGAUCUUCCCCGCCGAGAACCGCCACAAGGCUGAGCAGAUCCUCGCCAAGGGUGGCUACCCCUACCAGAUCAACCUGUACUCGCAGACCGAGCACGGUUUCUCCAUCCGCUGCGACCCCAGCAAGAAGACUGCAAAGUUUGCCAAGGAGCAGGCUUUCCUCCAGGCCGUCACCUGGUUCGACACCUGGUUGCUGUGA